UCACCAUUUAGGUACCUUGGACCAAACCACCUCCCUAGAAUUUUUUUUCUACGCCAUUUUGCAUUUAGUUUUAUUCAAAUUGAAUAUCUAUUUUUUGUGAAUUAAUUAUUUUUUCAUCAUGAUGUUGCAGAUGAUCAUCGUGGUAUUUUUCUCUACUUGGGCGGGGUCUUUCCCAUUCCCUCGCAACACUUUGGAGCACGCCCGAAAAGUGUCAAAAGUUGACUUUGAGUCAUCCGGUGUUGGACCCAGCGAGCCUGUCCGUGGCCUAGUGAGGGUGCUCCAGCUGGACCCACGCACUCUGACCCGAUCCAGGCUUUUUGGAAGGACAGGCCAGACCCGGAGCGCCAGACCGCCCUUCCCCGCCUUCCUGUCCCACGGGCGGCCCGGACCGGCCCUCAAGGCUGCUGAGAGCCCGCUGCGCCACCUUCAGCCUGAAAGACCAGUUGAGACGGAGCACAAGAAGAGACAAGGCCUGCACAUGUGGCAGAGGGCCGUCGAUAAAGGACACAAGAUCCCCGUGUCUUUGCCCGCCAAUCUUAAGGAUGCCAAACAGACGUGCGCUGCUGUUCAUUUCAUCCAGCGAGUGACAGCAGAGGGUUGCAGCACAGUGAGCAUCCACAACAAGCUGUGUUUCGGCCAGUGCAGCUCCCUGUUCGUCCCAGUCGAGGUGGACCCGGCCAGCAAGGGAUUCCGCCAGCGCGCUCCCUGCUCCCGAUGUGGCCCUUCCAAGGCCCGCGCCGUCACUGUGCCCCUGCAGUGCGGCGCUGAGGUCCGCCAGCGGCGAGUGAUGCUGGUGGAGGAGUGCAAGUGCGAGACGGGCCGUGAGGAGAAGAACCCAGAGGAGCCUUCACCACAUUUGUGAGUGCUUUACAGCAGAAUUGAAGAGAGGGUGCAAUUUGGAGUCAUCAUUAUGUCAUCUCACCUCCAUUAUAUGGAAAAAAAAUUGGGAUACUAUUAAUUAUGCAACAUCUGCACCAUCAAAUGAAAUGUUUUUUGAAAGUCCUCCGCCAGGUAGGGUUGUUUUGUACAAAAUCCCGAUAAUUAUUUAAAUCCCCCCAGAAUUUUAUUUUGGUGCAAAAAAUACCCCCAAAAGUUUAAAUAUGUUUAAAUAUAUGUUUUUCUAAUCGACUGUGUAAAGUCUGAACGUGUUGUUCAGAAGGCUAACGAUGCUUAUUCAAGCUAAACACUUUCCAGACAGUCCACAACGGACAUGUGUCUACGU